AAUUCCUCCAGGCUGUGUGAAAUUUUCCCAGAAACGAAGCCAUUUUCAUCUCCCAGGGAUCCCUGCUAUUUAGCCAAUUCUUAGGAAAUUUACUGCUUUGUCUGUGCUGCACAAUUCAUACAACGCACAUUUGAAAUACAAAAAGGGACCACUUCUAGAAGACAUCUACAAUUCUUGAGAUUGGUGCUCAUCUUUUUUUGCUCUAAUAUGGGGAACAUGGAUGGAAAGGCUGUGGAGGAACUGAGUGCUACCGAGUGUCACCAGUGGUACAAGAAGUUUAUGACAGAGUGUCCGUCAGGCCAGCUUACCCUACAUGAAUUCAAACAGUUUUUUGGCUUGAAAAACCUGAGCCCAUCAUCAAAUAAGUACAUUGAACAAAUGUUUGAGACAUUUGACUUUAACAAGGAUGGUUAUAUUGAUUUUAUGGAGUAUGUGGCAGCUCUAAGCCUGGUCUUGAAGGGGAAAGUGGAACAGAAGUUAAGGUGGUACUUCAAACUCUAUGAUGUGGAUGGAAAUGGCUGUAUUGACAGGGAUGAGUUACUAAACAUAAUCAAAGCAAUUCGCACUAUUAAUCCAUGUCAAGAAAUAAUGUCAGCUGAAGAGUUCACAAACAUGGUGUUUGAUAAAAUUGAUAUUAAUGGAGACGGUGAGCUGUCUCUGGAGGAGUUCAUGGAUGGUGUCCAGAAAGAUGAGUUUCUACUUGGCAUCCUCACCCGUAGUUUGGACCUGACACACAUUGUGCGAAUGAUCAAGCAUGAUGGGAAAAACCCUGAUGAAGAAGGAGCAUCAGCAGAGGCUGCAGAAUAGAUGGGAAAAGACUGGGGAAAAGUUUGUUUUAAGAAAAAAAGAUGACAAAAGUAAACAAAUGUAAUAUUGCAUAAAGAAAACAUUCAGGGAUGCAAAUGGGGCAGGAGUCCGGGAGAUUCUGUUUUUUAACAUCAUCUUAAAGAGUACAGGCUUCAAGAGUCUCUGUGUAAUUGAAGACUUCAAAAGCUGUUGUCAAAGUAUGGGAUUACAGUUACUAAUAUUAAAAAAAAAAGUCUUCAGAGUUGCCUGAGAAAUAGAAGCAACUGCUGGUGCUAUUGCUGAAGGGAAAUAUUAAACUUUAAAGGGAAAAAGAUACUUAGCUGGCAAGUCUCCUCAUAGGAUUGCCAACUCCGGGUUUGAAAAAUCCUAGAGAUUUUGGGGUAGUAGUUGGGGAUUGGUGGGGUUUAUGGAGGAUAUUUUUGGGAGAUCUUCAGAGCCCCGCCUGGAUGUUGGUGACCCUAUCCCAGAAUAUAGGCAAGAGGUCAGUUUUUGGGGAAAAAAACCCAACAACACUAAGGUUAGAUUUUCAACCAGUGUGAAUAAACCUUUUGAUGCCUCUGCUCUAGCUAAUUUGCAUUCCUCAUCAGUGUCACCACAAACAGCAUCAAUUUUUAGAAUGAGUCGGCACAGGGAUUCUUGUGGCACCAUUCAGAAAGGUACCUUUGUGUGGUGGCAUAAUAAUAAUAAUACUUGCACUGGUUAUAGUUAUCUUAUCUUUUCCUUUCUUUUCUUUUAAUGUCCAAUAUGUGCCUUUAAAUAUGUAGCAAAUAAUUGCAAGUAGUGUCUACAUGAGCCUGAAGUCUUUGUAUUGGGUUGUGUGGCCAAUUUUUAUUUGCUGGUCUACUGAGGUUUUUUCCUGAUUGUCUUGAUGCUGGUUGCAUAUAACUGUCAACUGCACUAUCCUAAAUCAAGAGGGGCAGCCCCAUCCGAACCAAAGGUGCCAGGCCAUGGUGCCACAAUCGCUCUGCCCUGCCACCUCCAAGAGGGCUUUUCAGCAAUGCUGGGAGGCAAUGAACAAAGAAAAUCUCCCUGCUGCUGAAAAGCUCCCACUGGGCUCAAUGGACUUAUGCCACAGGCCGCAGCUCUGCCACCACACCCCUGGGGGGAAUAACUGACUAGUGUAGGCUCCAUCCAUGGGAACACCCCUGCCAUGCCUCCACUGCACCAACAAUGCUGGCAGCAUCACAAGAGUGCUGAUGUGCAGUGCUGGGCACUGCAUCCAGAUGUUGUAGGUUGUGGCAGCAGCUGCCCACAGACAUUUCUACUCCUCCAUCAGGGUAAAUAUUUUGGGGAGGACAAUUUAACUGGUGCCAGCAUGCACUGCUCCAACAGCGCAAUUUGCCCCCACCCCUUUAGAUGUGAUUGCAAGUCUUCUACAAUAUAGUUAUAAUUUGAAGAUGUAGAAAAUUAUUCUUAAUUUUUAAUCUACAACUGCCCCACCAAGUAUGCUCUAUAAACCAAAAAUACAAAUUAGGACAUAAAAACAGCACUCCAGACAACUGUACUGGAUCUUCAUGAUAUAUACAUAUGGUACACAGAUCCCAUGUGUACAUUCAAUGAGACCCUUGUACCUGAUGGCCACUCAAACAACACCUUCAUAUUAAGUUUGAUUCCUGUUUGCUGUGUGCCACUUUUUAAAGAACCUAGAUUAGAAAUCUAGGACCAGGACUUUAUCUUCAGGGUGAGGUGAGCUGCACAGAACAACUCUCCUCAGUUGGACAUCAGAAGCCAUUGCAAGAAGGGAGGGGAGGCUGCUUCAAACCCUGAGUACUUCCCAUUUCCCCCCAAAAAAGCAAUUUGAAUGAUCCCCAAAGAUUUAUAGAUCAUCCUCUGAGAGUCUAUGUGGGCCCCAUUAAGAAUACUGAACUAGAAAAACUGAGAAUUUUUGUCUCAAGUGCUUUAUGAUUUGGAUAUCCACAAUCGGCACAAAUGAAAAAAAAGAUAGUUAUUCAUACCUCCUACAUUCUUCUCUGACAAGUGAUUUACUGAAAGACAAUGGGUUUUAAAAAUAUGUUUAAUGACUGUUCUGUUGUCAUAUUAAUGAAACACCAGCAAAACUUCCUAUGGCUGAAAAAGGACAUAUUUUACAAAAGUUACAAUUCUAGUUUCUAAAACUUUGCUACAUCUUUACAUUAUCAAGGUGGACAAAUAUUUUAAAGCUCAUAAUGACUUAUCAAUAGAACUCUGGACCAAAAAUGGAACGUACAGUUCUUCACACAAAGAUAUUUAAUACAACAAAAAUGUCAUUUUAUAAAAAUUCAAAGACAUGUGCAACAUCGUCUGUCUGUUCCACGUAUGACAUAUUUGAUUGAUGUUGGAAGCUCAGUGACACGUGGCUGCCACAUAUUGCUGGAACUCUGAAAUGUUGUCUAGUAAUCCCUAACUCUCUGUUCCCUCCCACUAUCCCCACUGCACUGUGCCCAUUUUUAUUAGUGAUGAUGGAUUUUUUUUUAUUCUGAUGAGAAUAGCCAGCAGAUAUGAGAAUCCUGAAAUACAGAAAGUACGGUAAUAAUUUGCUUGGCUUUCAAUUAAUUUACAUUUUACGAGUUCUCUGGUUCUCUGUAUAUAUUUCUGUUCAAAUGUAAAAUUUUAUGUUUUAUACUUUGGAUCUAACCAAUGUAUUGAAAAAAAAACUAUAUUAAAGAUAGUAUUUUGCA